AUGGCUCCUUAUAAUGCGAGCCAUCUCCUCCUGGAGGAGCCGAUCCGGUUGGCAUCCAUUCUCGAGUCCUCGUCGUACCAUAAGUCGCUGCCAUGUCUGACCAAGAUCGUUGCGACCGUUGGUGGGACGAGCCAGAGCGUUGAGGUGCUGGAAGGGCUGCUCGAAGCCGGCAUGAACGUCGCGCGAUUCGACUUCUCGCAUGGGGACUCGGACUAUCACCAAACCACACUGGACAACCUUCGCGCGGCCAUGCGCAAGACAAAGAAGCUCUGUGCGGUGAUGUUUGACACCAUGGGGCCGGAGAUCACCAUCCACAACGCGUCGGGCAGCGCCAUCUCGCUCACGGCGGGCGACUCCAUCACCAUCACGCCCAACCCCUCCGCCGCGCCCAUCUCCUCGCAGCUGCUCCCCAUCAACUUCAAGGGCCUCGCCAAGGCAGUGAAGCCGGGAGAUGAGAUCUUCGUGGGGCAGUACCUGUUCACGGGCAGUGAAACCACCUCCGUCUGGCUCGAGGUCCACGAGACGAAGGGCGCUGAUGUGAUCUGCUUCGUCAAGAACAGUGCCACGCUGGCAGGCACUGUGUUCACGGCCCACGUGGCACAGGUGCGCAUAGACCUGCCGACGCUGACGGAGGAGGACAAGCGGCUGAUUGCCACGUGGGGGCAGCGCAACAGCAUUGACAUCAUCUCCCUCUCCUUCACACGCCACGCUGACGACGUCCGCCAGGCCCGAGCGCUGCUGUCGAAGCUGGGCGAUCUCUCUCAGACGCAGAUCUAUGCCAAGAUUGAAAACAUGGAGGGAUUGAAGCACUUUGACGAGAUCCUUCAGGAGGCAGACGGCAUCAUCCUGUCACGAGGCGAUCUGGGCAUUGACCUCCCAGCAGAGAAGGUGUUUCUGUUUCAGAAGGCGGCCAUCUUCAAGUGCAACAUGGCGGGCAAGCCGUCCAUCAUCACGCGUGUGGUGGACACCAUGACCGACACGCCGCGCCCCACCAGAGCCGAGGCCACCGACGUUGCCAACGCCGUGCUUGAUGGCACGCACACGGUGCUGCUGGGAGCGGAGACGCUGCGAGGGCUGUACCCCGUGGAGACCGUCAUGACCGUUCGCAAGAUCUGCGCUGAGGCGGAGAAGGUGUACAACCAGCAGCUCUACUUCAAGAAGACGGUCAAAUACGUGGGCGAGCCCAUGAGCCACAUCGAAUCCAUCUGCUCCUCUGCGGUGCGUGCGGCUGAGAAGGUGCGCGCGUCAACCAUCGUGGUCUUCACGUCGUCAGGCCGCACAGCUAGGCUGGUGGCCAAGUACAAGCCCACCAUGCCCACGCUCGUGGUGGUGGUGCCGCGCCUCAGCACCAACCAGCUCAAGUGGAGCUUCACUGGUGCCUUCCAGGCCCGCCAGUGCCUCGCCAUUCGAGGCCUCUUCCCCAUGCUCGCCGACCCACGCAACCCGUCGGCGAGCAACAUCACGACGAACGAGACGGUGCUGAAGAUGGCGAUGGAGAAGGGCAGGGAGAUGGGCCUCAUGCGCGCCCAUGACCGCGUCGUCGUCGUGCAAAAGCUCGGCGACUCCUUUGUUGUCAAGAUCCUUGAGAUUGGCACCGACGGUUUCCCUUAUACAGUGCUGCUUUUGCCCUCCGAGCUGUUCGGCCAUUGCGGGGAUCUGUUGCUGCGAUAUGAGUGGCGCGAAACCCCAUACAUCAGGGCAACGGUCGCACACGUCGCACAGACCUACGUACACACGAAACAGCCAAGACAGCAUUCUCACACCAUCCCAGCUUUCCGUACUACGCUCGGUCUAUGGCAGAAAGAGGCGAAGAUAUUGUUUUUGGGGUUAGAUAAUGCCGGAAAGACCACCUUGCUGCAUAUGUUGAAGGAUGAGAGACUAGCUCAGCAUCAGCCAACACAGCAUCCAACUUCGGAAGAACUGAGUAUCGGGAAGAUCAAGUUCAAGGCGUUUGAUCUUGGUGGUCAUCAGAUAGCCCGACGCGUUUGGAAGGACUAUUACGCGAAGGUGGAUGCCAUAGUGUACCUCGUCGACGCUGCUGAUAAGGAGAGAUUCAUCGAGUCGAAGAAGGAACUCGAUGGACUACUUUCAGACGACUCUCUGGCGCUCGUGCCGUUUCUGAUCUUGGGAAACAAAAUCGACAUUCCAACUGCCGCAUCCGAAGAUGAGCUUCGCUACUCUCUGGGUCUGACUAACUACACGACAGGGAAGGGCAAGGUAAAUCUGGCAGAGUCCAACAUCAGACCGAUUGAAGUCUUUAUGUGCAGUGUGGUGCGUAAGAUGGGAUAUGGUGAGGGCAUUAAGUGGCUUUCGCAGUACAUCAAGUAG